AUGGGUAAAAAACAGGAGACAAAUCCGGACUCCGAGUAUGGUGAGUUUCCAUCGUCCGUUACCUCAGAGGGUUCACCACAUAAAAGUGUGUAACCAACGCUAGAAAACUACAACUUAAGAAGUAUUAGACGUGUUGUUCAGAAAUCGUUCAAAAUAGGUCACUAAAUUGAGAAGUUUGAUCAUUUUUACAAGUUAUUUAAAGCAAAAUAAGGUCAAUUUAGGUAAACAUAUUUAAUGGAAAGUCAUCAUUGGACUUGUCUUUUAACAAAAUUUCAUCACUUUCUCAGAUGUGAGGAUGUUCUGUGCAUGUGUGUUAACUUAACCAACAAAUUUGGUUUAAUGGUUUAGCCUACUUACAACUUAUCAACUCGUGAUGUCACUGAUUUAUAACCAGAGAUUGCUACAACCAUGACCUAUUUACAUGAAAUAUUCAGCCAAUAUACUAGUUGUCUAACUCAGUCUGAGCGGUUUAAAGCACCUCUUCUCUUGGAUAACCACUACUAUACUGUCAAAAGUCAGAGAAUAAGCUGCAAUGAAGGUUUAUUUGGACACAUUUUGUCAAAGAAAACAGCUUUAAAUAAAUCACACUAUCAGCCUAACAAGUUUUAAUAGUCAUAUAAAUGUAAAUCUGCUUUCUGGUUUGGACUUGUUGGUGACUGAACCUUGACAGACUGGUGCAACAAGUUCAAAAUCAUCAUUAUAACAAUAUUAGGAGAUACAGUCAUGAUACAGUUGUAAUUAAAGAGGCCACCUGCUUUGUGGCAUCAAAUCCAUUUGUAUUAGAAUAAUUUCACUGUGUUGAUGAUUAUAAUGGCUGACUUAUUGAUUCAAUGGUUAACAGUAUGUUAUUUAGCCAAAAUGUCAAGCAUAGUUUGAAUUUUAAAAAAGUUAUUUCAACAGUGUAAAACCUAAACAUAUCCAUCUACUUUAUCAUUUGCCUCAAAAAUUAAAAAGUUGUUCAACUCUUGCUCAGUGUUUUAAUUUUUCUUUAUUCAAAUAGUUGAUAAUAAUUUAAUUGUCUUUGCCCAUAAAAAUUGAUCCUCAAUCACUAAGAUCUUUUAAAACGUCAUUCUAAAAAUAGUAAAACAUGAUAGAAGACUCAUAAAAACUGAAAUUUACUCUUGAAAAUUGUGCUUUUGAUAAUGGACAUCUGAAUGAUCUGUGAGACGUUCAACCUGUGAUCAAAUUUAGUAAAAGAGCUUAAAUCUUUAAAAAUUGUAAGAUGUGGUGAAAAAUAGCUUAAGCACAAGUUUAAUCUGGCUUUUAAUUUGGUGAGUAUUAAAGUGAAGAAUUGAUGCACGGUUCCUCUUAGGAGAAGUACAAAAUCUAUAGUAUCCCUUUAUUUGGAUAGACAUGCUUUAGUGAACCAAGAAUGUAAACUAAACAGGGAUUGAGUUUUCUAAGAUUAAGGGUUUUUUAGUUUAACAGAGGUUUUAAAGUUGUGUUAAUGUUGAAUGAAGGGUAAUCAAUAAUAGAAACAGCUGACAACACGAAGCCUGAAAAUACCCAUAAUACCCUCCAUAUUGUCACUAACUCGGUCCUUCAAGAUUUUCAGAUGGAACAACUGGCUGCAGGUUCAAGAUAUAAAAUCACAAACUUUAGUUGAAAUUAAUAUAAACGUGGGAACAUAGUGUGAAUUUUAAGGAUUAUAUUCAACAGAGAGCGAAACUGUUUCCUUUGCAUCUGAUUUCUCGGUUUGUUGUUCCCCUUUUUUGUUGUUUUUGUGUGUGUAGUAUGUUUUGCUGUUUCUGCAUUGACUCAUGAAGCCCACAUCUGUCAUCCGUAUUUGGAUAUUACUUAAAGAUUGAGUAUUUGAUUUGCAUACUGUCCGAAUUUUCAGCCCGGGUCAGCGCAGCACAUUUGAAUUUGUUGGUUAGCGUAGUGUCUGUUGUCAUUGUUGCUGCUCGGAUCAAACCGUGGUGAAAAAAAAUAACUAAGAAAAGUGGAAAAUGUUCAUUUGAAUGAAUCUUAGGUGACGUGUGUUUCCCGAUUUAUUGCCUAAAAGCUGGAAAUAUCUAAACUUAUACUCAAAAACAACAUGGAUUUGUUGUUUAUUUCUGCUUUAGUGUUGAUGAAAUGAUUAUUCAGGAUCAUAAAUACCUGCUGACCACAACCCGGCUUCUCGUCAGGCCUGCCUGUGACUGUGUUUGAUUUUCAGUCCACGGUCAUGUGUCACAGCUCUGUGUCCUGCAUCCCUGUUUACACUGUGGGCUAUCUGAUGCAUUGAUAGAGACUCGGGUCUAUUGACAGUCAGGGAGGCUGAUAAUGCUACGGUAAACAAUCCCUCCCUGGAGGUAAAUAUCCAUGACUUCUCAAAUGACUUAGAAAAACAUCAGAGGAUAACAUUCUGACAAAAGAGGUGACAAAAUAUGUUGGUACUGACACUUAAUCAAUCGCGGCUUUAUUGAAAGAACUUGGAGCUGUAUUUUUAGUUAAACCAUCAGCUUUGUCUUUGUGAACUCUACCAUUGUCCUCCUCGAGGAAAUAUAAAUCACUUUAAGGGUUAAACAUGAAACCACACUUCAUUACCUCUCAAUGAGUGUGGUUGCAAAAUUAGGCUCAUAAUUCAUAUAAUGAGUUUGUUCUUAUUUGGAACAGUUAGGUUGUUUGUCACCUGCUAAUAUGUAGACACUAAAUGUUGGGACUCACAAGAGGCUGUUGCUGCAAAUCAUUGACUGGAUACUUUGUCACAGCAGCAGGAAGCGGGAAAAGACUGAGGUCUGAUUUUAAUAAUUAGCUGGUUAAUGUAUAAAGUAAUAAGGCUGUGUAUGUGUUUUGGAAAAAGGUUUACAUUUCCCUCACAAAAAUCCCCUGAUAAAAUGUUCAUAUUAUGUUGAAUUAGUCUGAAAAUGAAUGACAUAAAACUUAAUUUAAGUUUAUUUGCAUUUUUAGUUUUGCACCGUAUUUAAAGAUAAUUUAAACCAUCAAGAAAUAUGUUAAUUUAUUUUUCAGUUGGGCUUUUUGUACAAUUCUGAAGUAUAAUUUAGGGAAUUUCUCACUGAUUUUAGUCGUUUCAAUCCCUUUCUUGAUGAAUUGAUCGCAAAAGUACGGAAGCCCUGAGCAGACAUGCCUCUGUACAUCUCAUUUAUCUCAGUAUCUUGAGAUAACCAAGAUAGUAAUUUUGUUUCUAAUCACAUGGAAAAAGAAAAUUAAGAGAGGACCUGAAGAAAACAAAUGAUAUGAACUUGUUAACACAGGAAAGUGAAAAGUGACUAAAGAGGAGUUUCAAUAACUGCAUUAACUGGACUUGACAUGAACCAGACCACUCCCUUUGUGGUUUUUAAUACUUGGUUGAUGUGACUCGUUUCUUUCGUUCCUCUUGGGAUGGUCUCAUGUACUCUGUAGAUUACUAAUUAACUGCGCUGUCAUCUUCUUGUCGUAAAACAUAAAGAAAGGUCAGUUCCAUAUAAAACUCGUCAUAUUUAAGAUAUUCAGAUAAAAGAUGGUACCAGACCAGUCAUGUGACUUGACUCCUAGCUAAAUAUCUGUUUUCGUCCCCUGAAAUGACUGAGAAGUGUCAGUAUUUACAUUGUUAUCUAAGGCCUUCACUCCAGCCAUGGUCCAGUGAUGACCCCCUCACAUGUCGUCUCUUGAUUUUGCAAACCAAAGCAAUAAAUAUGUUCCAUCUGUCCUGUCUGGGGUUCAAAGUCUAAUAGUUUUAAAGCUUUCGCUCAGUUAUUUUUUUUUAACGAGGAUAUAAAAACCAAAGAGUCCUUUAUGUGUUGGACAGAGUCACAGUGAGCUCUUUUUCCAUGUUGUCACUCAGUCUCCUAGCAGAGCUGAAAUCUGACACUCAGUCACUGCGUUACAGGCUGAUGAACAGGUUCCUCUGUUCUCUGAAGAGACAUUUUUCUCUGAUUCUUUCAUAAAGAUUUUGGGACUAACAUCCAAAAUGUCCAUAAAGUGCUUUGUGAACAGAAUAAAAUGUAUAAUUAUAUCAUAAACUCGGUCUCAGAGGAGUUUGUUUUAACUAUAGACUUUUUCACCUGAGAUCUGGACAUUGAUUUUCAGUCCAUUGAUGCAUGCGUGCACAUUUCUCUCUUCCCUGUGUUGUAGAAAUGCUCCACAGAAGUUGUUUUUUCCUAUUUGAAUUUGAACAUGUAGUUUUUUUGGUGUUGUGUCUAUUAGAUAAAGUCCUGGGCGCUGCCUCUCUCAGAGCAGAGGGAGUAGCUCGUGGCUGCUUUUAUCCUUUCCUGGUUGAAGAUUUGCAUCCCUGCAGCAGUCUGCCAGCACAUUCAUCUCUAUUUAAACUACAGCCUGUGGAGAUAGCUUCGCCCUCGCGGCUAUUAGAGACAUCAUCACGAGCUACAUGGUCAAAACAUCAGUUCCUGUGGACAGAUCAUAUCACCACAGUUCGCUGGUAUUUGCAUGUUUGAAUAAAGAUGUAUGAGGCUGUUGUUUUUGGUGACACCUGCCCAGAAGAGUAUAUAUAUUUAUUUUUCAUGUGAUUAAACACUCAAAGAAGUCCUGUGAGUUUUUCUUGCCUGACCGGCUGAUAUCACGUCACAUUCCUGAUGUCAAAUAUGACUAAUGUUUUCAGUUUGGAUCUACUCAAACAAGUUUUUAGAUCAGAUAUAAUGAACAGUUACAGUGAUGAAACAUUUCUGACGUGCCCUCCUACUACACUCCCAUUUUUGUGACUUAAGCUGUAGGAGUCAGUGCCUCAACUCAGAUACUUUUAUCUCUACUCUCAUCCUUGUAGUCGCACAUUGAGUAACUCAUUUUUCUCCUUGUCUUUCUCUGUGUUCCAGGAAGCAACACCGAGACUUUCCUUACCGUAACACAGUCACCUUUGUUAUGAGCAACUAACCCAUAAAACAUGACAUUCUUCUGUCUACGUCUCAAAGUUUUUUCCUUAUUGACCCCAACAGUCAUUUAUUAACUCUUAGAAAAGGACACAUGUUGCUUAGAAACAACAACACCCUCCUACUUUGAAUAGGAAUCCUUUGGUGUAAAACAGUGUCCUAUUUCAUAAACCUGUAGCUGUCGUAGACAGACAUAAAGAUUGACUCGACAAACGUUUAUUAAAUCCCCCCAAAUGUUCAAUUAAACUCUGUGACAUACAUGUUUAUAUCCUUGACCUACACAGACCUCAUUAUUGAUAACUCAUGUUAAAAAAGAGCUGCAAUAAUGAAUGACUUAAGAGAUCUAAAAACAAACAAUAAAAUUUUAAAAUCAAUCCUAUAAGAGACGGGAAGCCAAUGAAGGGAGCUAAGGACAGGAGUGAUGGAGUUAAAAGACGGGCAGUAGCACUUUAAAGUUGCUGUGAGGAACUUUUGGUUCCUGUUGGCUCUGGCGCCCCCUGUGGACAAAGUAAAACCUCUUCUCUCUUGUUCCGUAUAAAAUCAGGUAUUAAAUCUACAACAGGGAAAUAAUCAGCCUUGUUGCUCAUAGCAGUGCCUUUAAAUGACUCACUGACCAAGUCACAGUUACAGGAAAACAGGAAAUACUUGCUGGUUACAAAGUUCAAAGUGUGAGCUGGGCUUUCACAGUUUAAGGAAAAUACUGCAGCAACAGUUUGCAGGGUGAUAGGUAUAAAAAAAUUACUUAUUAGCUCUUACUCAGUCUCACACAGUAUGUGCAUUUUGCUACAUGUCCUAAUUUUAUCUUAAAUAAAUAGAUAAAUCACUUUUCUAAUUAAGAAAUAAAUCCCGUUGGUUUUGUAGAACAAUUUUUAUACUUGCAAAGUGAAACCGUAACUAGAGCUCCCGCUGGUGGCUGGCUGCAGUAUAGGUCUUUUUUACACACUUCACUUCUAAGAUGGUUUUGGUAUCCUGAUUGUCCGCUCAUUCCUCUGUUUUUGUAACUCAGCUGGUCAGGUUACCAUAUGAGCGCCCUCUGCUGGAUCAUACAGUAAGCUGUUUCAGGCGUCUUGAUGCGCUGGUCCACUGUAUUAUUAAGAGUUUGAGGAUGAUUCACAGCUUUGUUGAGAAAUACAUACUCUUCUUGCAGUGUUUUUUUUUACUAUGAUAUCAGGGUAAAGGGACACACACAGAGAGAGAAAACAAUAAAUCUAACGACUUGUGCUUGAGCUUCAUCUAACUGCAUUCAAAUUGUUUGAAAGUGGUGCCAUUAUGCACUAGCAUUAAUUGGGCAGCCCUCCUGAGACCUCACCAAAACAAACAAAAUUCCCCCCUGGAGUCUGCAGUAUUUUAGAAGCACGGCACCUUCCCAUGUGCCCACAAGAACACAAACGCAGAGGUGUUAAAUCGGAGCUGCAUUUCCUUUAGGUGGUACUAACAAAUGUAAAGGAUGAGCUGAAGUGCCCCUGAGUAACCCAUGCAUGGAAGUCUGAAAGUUAUUCAUGGCUCUAAAUGAGAUUAUUUUCUGUGUUUCUGUUUUCUUCUCUCAGGAGAACCGGCUCAGUUUGACCCAACAUUCAAUGGACCCAUGAGGAAAAGGUGAAUCCUGCUCUCACUGACUCCUGCAAUCCUUUUAGACCUCAGAAUAUGUACAUAUAAUAUAGGACUUUUGUUUGACUCUCAGUCUUUCUUUCUGUUGACCGAUGAAAUCAUGUUUGUCACCCCUGAGGCAAAACCUUCACACAAAUCUCAGACCUCUUACUCUAACUUGUGUCUGUCUGUUUUUCAGAGGGUGCACUGAUAUCAUCUGUUGUAUCCUGUUCAUGGCUGUCGUUGUUGGCUACAUGGCAGUAGGAGCUUUAGGUGAGACUUACUCAGAUCUUUGAAUUCAACCCCACACACUCCUCUCUUUCUCUCUCUGAAGCACAAAAAAACCACAUUUUUUUGUCUCAGUUUUGUUCUUGGUGUCUCUGGUUAGCUGGCUGGCAACUUUCUGGUGCUGACACGAGCCCACUUUAUUGUUCAAACAAACACGAUAGAGACCUGCAUACUCUCCGUCAAACAGGCUAAACAUGGAAGGUGUUUGUUAAUUGAACAGCUACUUCCACUUCCUCAAACAGCAGCACCAAAGUAAAGGACAAACCAACGUCUGCACAACAAAGACUCGUACAAAUCUAUCAUUCACAAAAAUUUAUGCAAGACUGUAAGUUUCUAUAUUCGGUUUAUAUUCGGUGAACAUGACGUAAGCGUCUCUUAAUGCCCUGUCAUCAAACUUAUUUCAACACUGAGGGUCAUCGCUCUUAUCUAGAGUAAACACACAGGCCUGAUAAGCGGAGACCGAUCGUGUCCUACAUAAUCGACAUUUCCCCUUGUCGAAGGAUGUGGACAAGCAUGUUGAUGAGGGUAGAUUUGUAGUAGCGCUGAAGUGGAGGAACCUGCUUCUGGUGUACACAGAACCGGUGGGAUUUAAUCCACGAUUGACAAAAUAAACAAAAGAAAUGUGCAAACUAGUCAAAAAAUAAACCUGCGUGGACCAAGUGGUGGUGGUAGAAUCCUGCAAGACGACCCUGAUUAGAUCCUUAGACUUUGUAAAGACCAAAUCUUGUUUUUUGUUGUGAAACAUAUGACAUUAUUAUCAUCUGAAUAGCAACAAACUACAUGAGAGAUCCUCUGGUAGCAUUUUCUUAUCUCCACCUAACUGUAUUUUUCCAGCAUGGCUUUAUGGAGAUCCCAGGCACGUACUUUACCCCAAAAACUCGACUGGAUGGUUCUGUGGCACCCAAGAAAACAAGUAAUCAAAUCUCUCUCGCUGUUUCUGAUUAUUUUUGCAUCUUUUUAAUAUAAUCAAUAACUUUUUGACUCAUUAAUUCUCCUUAUCCUCUCCACAGAGAUCGACCAAACUUGCUUUACUACAACAUCCUCAAGUGCGCCACAUCCGUUAAUGUCAUUGCAACCGCCCUCAAUGGUUUUCAAUGUCCGACCACACAGGUAGAGCUCACCGCCUGAUCCAGUCAUCAGUAGGAGGACUCCUCCAGUGUCCCUGAAAUGAUCUUGUUUUCUUUCUUCAGGUUUGUGUGGAGAAAUGUCCCACUGAGUUUGGGGCGGUUUUAUUUACGGAUUAUCUCAAGAAGCCAGCUGAAGUUUUUGAGCAAAGCCUCUGUGUGCCCUCCUUGGACUUGGCGAAAACUGACUAUGUAAGUCUCAAUCAUAAAACUAUUGCAAAAGUUAGCAUUUUUGUGCAGGACUCAAAAAUGUUGUGAUGGAACAAACUUGCAGGACUAGUGAAGUUAUUCCAUCUUAAUCUGGAUGUAAUUAUGACACGUUUAGACUAAUCUAGAAACAGGAAGAGAUUGAGUUCAGGCUACAGCCAAAUGGUUAAAUCAGAUGACCUAUCAUAUCCCUGGCUCAUGGAGUGAGCCCCUAGUGGACAUUUCAAGAACUGCAGAUUUUGACACUUCUUCAAUGGCUUCUUUUUCAGCGCUGUGAUUUCAUCUGUUUUAUAUUUUGAUAUCAGACAUUUAUCAGCAGAGGAAUCUUCACUAUUUGAUUUAUUUAUGUGUAACUUUUUAUGACUUGAUCCUGUUCCCCCCUCAGACAGUUCAACAAAUUGUAGACAAGGAGUUGUGUCCGUUUUUCUACACGCCCACAGUCUCCGGUGAGUGUAACCUCUCUUUUACACUUAAAUGUUUUAUUUUCAUGUAGCUGUGACCAGAGACUGUAUAGAGAAUGGACAGCGUCUGCCUCCUCGCUGGGUGAAGCCACUCCGAGAACAGCACCCUCUGGUGACAGGCUGCAGUAUAGGUCAUAAAUCCCGCCUCCGCCAGCAAAGCUUAUGGGGUUGUGGACAAACUUUAGAAAUUUAUUACAAAGAACAUAAAAAUUUCAAAUCUGUAUACAGGUGGGAGGCGGAGCCAAGUUGUCCAUAGUAUGUACAGUCUAUGGUUGUGACUCGAGGUGCCUAAAGCCAAUAUCUAGACUUAAGUACUGGUGGUUAUCAAACACCCCCAGAUUGACUUUAAUACGAGUUGUGAUUAUACAUCUACACGGUUGCUUCACCUGCUGCUUCACCUCUUCUCUCUCAUAUUAGUGUUGGGAAGAUGUCUGCCUGAUAUCACGCUGGAAGGGACUCCCUCUUGGUUUGCAGAUGUUCCCGGCCUGCCUAACACAGUCAAUGAAACAUUCAACACUAUCGUGAAUGGCACUGGGUAAGAAAAAAAGGAUCCAAUACCAAAUCAUACAUGAACAAAACCAACUAAAAACUCUGCUGCUGUAUCAAUGACGAUGUUAACGUGCUCCAAAUAUCACAGUUUUUGCCCUGAUUGUUUAAAAGUCCAAUGGAAAUUGAUAUUCAACUUUGAAAUGCAAAACUCUAAUUAAUGAAAUAAUCAUUUUGGAAAACCGGACGUGUUCAAAAAUGUUUGCAGAGGUUUUCUUUUGUGUCACAAACUGCAGGAGAGGCCGUGAAGGAUCUGAACAUUAAUCUGCAAUUUAAAUCUCCACUUUAAUCUGUAAAAUUAUUCUGCUGUAAACAUAUUGACUGAUAACAUAUACGGAGACAUACGCUCAUUAAUAACGGUUUCUUUCUCCUCUUCCUCUCCAGCAAAGGGUCAGUGGUUUUCGUGAGUUUUUGUGUCGGCUUGUAGUCUAGCAGCUGUUUUAGUCGCUUCGUAGUUGUCCACCUCAGUCUUUGAGGUGUGUCUUGGGACUAGAUCUUAUAGUCGCCUUUUCAGUCUGUAUCUGCAGGCAUUGACUGAAUCUCUAAGUGGCAUCGGACUCACCUUUUCUAUCAGUACACCACCUUUAGUAACUUUCAUUGUGCCUCCUCUGUUUUCUCAGCAUAGUUAGUUGUUUGUCCUUGUUUCCUCUCUGUAUUAGUUUGUAUGCAAAUACACUUUGUGAAGGCGAGGAGUCACCGGCACAGCCUCUGCUUUUGUUUUCAACAGGGACAUUGUGAACGGAUUCAAUGCCAAAGAGAUCGGCCUCCGAAUCUUCGAGGACUUUGCGUUGUCAUGGCCGUGGAUCCUCCUGUGAGUUUCCUCCUUAAGCAAUAAUGCUCAUACACCGCCACCCAGAUGGUAGAGAAGUGCACUACUCUAGGUUUUAUUUAAUAAGCGUAGUUUGAUCAGUUAAGGUUAAUAUAUGAAAGCAUUUAAUAUAUGAUGGAGUAUUAGGGCCACAUAAAAAAAAGAGGAUUUUGAGAUUAAAGUAGUUAAUUACGAGAAUAAAGUCAUUACUCACGAGAAUAAAGUCAUAGUGAAGUAAUUACUUAUGAGAAUAAAGUCCUAAUAAAAUCAUUAUGAUACUUAUACUAACGUGGUGCUGAUGUGCCAAAAGAUAACGUAUCUCCUUGUUUGAGAAACCUAUAUUGAAGUACAUUUUCACGAAAUGCUCCAUGGCUCUCGUUUCAACAACCAUCAUCUUAAACAACAGGUUAGAAUAUAAGGACUUUAUUCUGACUUCACUCUCGUAAGUGAUUACUUCACUACGACUUUAUUCUCGUAAAUUAAUCUUGAAGUCUUACUUUUUUUUUUCUUAAUAUGGCUCUAAUAUUCCAUUGUAUUUAUAGGAUCUCAUGAGGUCAGUUUUUAACGAUAAUUAUUCCAAAACUCAGAUCUUUUUGUUUGACGUCCUUUCCAACUUUCCCUCUCAGCGGUCUGGUCAUCGCCAUGGUGGUCAGCAUGCUGUUCCUGUUGCUGCUGAGGUUCACCGCUCCAGUCAUGGUGUGGGUGCUCAUCAUAGGACUCCUGGGCGCCGGAGCGUACGGUAAACAGUGUUAAUAUAAUUCACAAUUAUUUUGAGCGACACACCAAACAUUGGAAAUACUGUCACAUGAACAGUAGAUUCUCUUUCUCCUUUUUUUGGGGCAUGUGUAUUUUGACCCAAUUACAACAUGACCCUGGUUAGAAGAUGAUCCCCCAUCUUUUCAAGACUAGUUUUUUUUUUUUUUUUACAGAGACUUUAUAACUCUGCCUCAGUUAUUUGGUAACUCGUCCUACUUUUAUGCUCCUUUGCUCUGGUCACCACACCUCUUCAUCGUUAAACCCUCUGGUACUGUAAUGCUGACUGACGACUAACUUCUCUUAUGAAGGUCUCAGUUGUUUUACAGCUAAGUGGCGCCAUCUACUGCUGCAAUAUUUAACUAACAAAGUCUGAUCCCAUUUUUCAGACAAAUCCUCUGGAGGUAAAAAAAAGUCCACUCAGUUAGCAGGAAAGUAUUAAAGACUGUAUGUAGAGGGAAGGAACAUCUUCACAAACUGAUCACAUUACUGUGUUGUUUAAAAAAAACACAAACAGAUGAAAUUCGGCUUCAUUUUCCUCUGGAAGGACAAAAUUUCACUGGUCCCACAUUACAGCCUAAAGAGUUAUUCUGUUACUUUGUUUUGGACACAAAGUUGACUGAUCUAGUUUAUUUGUUUGUAACAGGAAGAGAUGUUUAUUUUGGCUUCUUAGUUGUUGUUUCUGUUUCUCUGGCAGGGAUUUGGCACUGCUACUGGGAGUACGAAAACUUCAAGCAAAACUCCAUCACUGAGGUCGGAUUCACCACAAACUUCAACGUUUACCUGCAGGUCCAAGAAACCUGGCUGGCCUUUUGUGAGUCUCUUCAGCAUUUUGCCAUCGCCAUUAAGUACUGUAAAGUUGAUUUAUAUUUUAAAUUGAGUUAUUUAUACAGCCUUUACAUGUAGAGGACAAAAACAGCAAGAUUAAAGUUUCCACGACGUCCACAGGAAGCUCUGGCACAAAACUUAUGUCAAAAAGUUAAUUUUACUCAUUUAAAACAUGGAGAUAAUCAACACACAGCAGGAAACUCGGCACAUAAAUAGCAUCAACAUUACUAAUAUAUAUAAAAAUUUCUCAGUUCCCAGACAAGCAGUUUGAUACAAGCACAGAGAAGAGGAGAGCAAGAAAAAAUAGCACUAAUUACAUUAUUUUUCACUUUCUCCUCUCCUUCCACCGCAGUGAUUAUCUUAUGUAUUGUUGAGGCGAUCAUUAUCCUGACCCUCAUCUUCCUGAGGACCAGAAUCCUCAUAGCCAUCGCCCUCAUCCAGGAGUCCAGCAAGUGAGUCGUGACACAGUAAAACCCUCUGCAAAAAGGUUAUUCGCCCCUAAAGGGAUAUUCUGCCGUAAAAUUGAUUUGAGGUCAAACACACAGUAACACCAAGUUAGACACCCCCUCGAGAGAUGGCUCCUUAGACCACUGUGUAUCCUGCGGUCAUUACUAAAGUUGGUGAAACUAGAGAAGCAAACAGUCUGCAACAUUCAUCUCUUGAGGGGUUGUCUAACUCGGUGUGUUUGAACCUAAAUCAAUUCUACACCAGAAUAUUCCUUUAAAUGUGUAUCGUACUGUGAGGAGACUAUAAAGCUUCAACAUGUAACUUGUGUGUGUUCGUGGUCCACAGGGCUGUAGGUCACAUGAUGUCCUCUCUGCUCUACCCUCUGGUCACCUUCGUCCUCCUGCUGGUGUGUGUUGCUUACUGGGGUGCCACUGCUCUGUAUCCUCUUUAUCCCACAGUUUUAUACGUGUGUACAAUAAAAGCACUGAUAUAUUCUGAGUUUGAUUUUAAUCUAUUGGUGCUUCGGUCCAGAGUUUUCCUCCUUAAUGAUGAGUGUAGGUAUUUAGCCACAUCAGGAGACCCCAUCUACAGAGUGGUGUCACUCAACGCCACUACGAGCGACUGUAUGAGCCUCAAUGGUACCGAGGACUGUGACCCUCAGGUGAGUGGAAGGAUUAAGUUUCAACCAAAAGUGAAUCACAUUUUUCAGAGAGUAUUUAUAAUUCAAGAAUUUUGACCCUUUCAUUUUGUCUCCUAUCUCCUUUCCUCAGAACUUCACCUCGUCCUCUUACCCAGACUGCCCCACAGCCAGCUGCAUCUUCAUCAAAUACAACGACGAAGGUUUCUUCCAGAGGAACCUCUUCAACCUGCAGAUCUACAACGCCGUGGCUUUCCUCUGGUGCGUGAACUUCGUCAUCGCUCUGGGGCAGUGCACUCUGGCGGGGGCCUUUGCCUCUUACUACUGGGCGUUCAACAAACCAGGCGACAUCCCCAUGUGCCCCCUGUCUGCCAGCUUUCUACGCGCACUCAGGUAGGUUUACAAAUCUGCAACAGCAUCAGAUCCAUCUCUGCGACUCAAAUCUAAAUACAGGAUGUCUGCGGACUCUUUUUUGACCUGAAUGUAAAGUUCAUACAAGCCUGACUGCAGUUCUCCUUCUGGUUCCUAGAGGGCGCAUUCAUCCUUUAAACCAGGAAGCAGCAUACACUUGAAUGACCCAGGAGGUAUUUUCUUAUCAUUUCAGGUACCAUGUGGGCUCUUUGGCGUUCGGUGCUUUGAUCCUGACCCUGGUGCAGAUAGCGAGGAUCAUCCUGGAGUACAUCGACCACAAAACGAGAUGUAAAAGCAACACAUACGCACUUUACUGUCCUCAUGGAUACUAAAUUUAUCCCCUCUUCCUUUUUUGUGCUUGUUGGUAAUGAUUAGGAUCUUAGCAUCACAGCAGAUACUUUGUCCAGUCCACACAGAAAGUAUUACUCAGUGAAAAUGACAUCCUAAAAACCUACAUUGAAAUACAAAAAAGAAGUUUAACUGCACAUACUCAGGGGUAUGAUAAGGAAAAAAAUCCAGACACCUUGCACUUUGCAGCAGCAUGUUUAUCAAUUUACUUUUUAUUACUAUGUUUUGAUUAUAUUUUAAGGUCCAUCUGCUCAAUCUAAACUAUUUAAUGCUUUUCAUAUUGUUCAGGGUCAUCCAAAAGCAAAUACGAUUGACAUCUUUAACUCUGUCUUCAAGCACAGCUGCUAAGUUACUUACUAACAGCUUUCAACCUGGUAGUUUCACAGAUAGGUCCAUGUUUACCAACAAAAAGGCAUUUUCAAGAGGGUUUUUCUUUGGUCAUAAAAAGUUUGAUUUGCAGAGAUUCAUCUUUUAUUUUACAGAUUAGCAAAGAUAUGCUGUAUAUUUAUGUUGUCAUGUCUCUUUAUCCUCAGUUUUUUUUCCAAAAUAUCUGGUUUAAUGAAUGAACGCUAAAGUUAUGAAGCUACAUCGUUGUAGAAAUGUCUUCAGAGGAGACACUGUUAGAAAUCGAACUGGCCUAAAAUAUGAUAUAUUUUCAUUUUCUGUCCCCAGCGGCUCAGAAUCCGAUCGCCCGUUUCAUUCUGUGCUGCAUGAAGUGCUGCCUCUGGUGUCUGGAGAAGUUCAUCAAGUUUCUCAACAGGAACGCUUACAUCAUGGUGAGCAGAAGGCAGUAAUGUUGAGUGUCUGUCCUCAACGCCGCUGCUGUUGUUGUGGUUAAUGUUUGAGUGGUGGUUAUCUUACAUUGGAGGAAACAGAAUUAACUUUUAUGUUCCUCCUACAACUAUUAUUCAUUUUAAAAUCUCGUCUGUGAUCACUCACAAACCUGUUGAUUUUCUUUUUGACAGAUCGCCAUAUAUGGGAAAAACUUCUGCGUCUCAGCCAAAAACGCGUUCAAGCUGCUCAUGAGGAAUAUUAUAAGGUCUUGUCUCCGACUUAAAUGCAGCUGUAAAGUCUCAUAUUGUUGUUUUUAUGACAUUUAUGUGUUUGGAUUUGUUGAGACUGAACAGAGUCUUAUUUCUCCGCGCUCUGCAGGGUGGUGGUGCUGGAUAAAGUGACAGACCUGCUCUUGUUCUUCGGGAAGCUGCUGGUGGUUGGAGGAAUGGGUAAGAGCUGGUAGUGGCUUUAUUUAGUAUCACAAGUCAAUGAUGAUUAUUGUUUUAUUAUUUAAAAAAAGUCCAACCACAAGCAAGCACUUGCUAUCAAAGGCAAGAAAACUUAUUUCAUUUGGCAGAAACCCAGAGCAGGAACAGACUAAUAAGUGGUCUGCCAGUGUUUAUCUUGGCUGAGAGUGGAAUAAAGACAAACUGAGACAGGGAGACAAGCAGCAAUAUUUUGGAUGACACAUGAGGAUGCACAAUAUUUUCUUAUGGUUUUCAGUCACUUGUAACCUACUUUUGUCUCUUUCUUCCUCUGUUGGACAUGGAAAAACUGCUAGAGUUCAUUAUUACCAACUGCUGAAUAUAUUUGAUAUUCCUGCCCUGGUCUCCACCGCCUAUUUUGGAAAAACUUUGGCCCUUUUUCUGUGAAAUGAUCUACUUUUCCCACAAACCAGUGCCUUACUUUGUCAGCUGUUUGAUGCUGGACAGGUGGUGUAAGAGUUUACAUCCUGACGACAGCUAACACAUACCUGACAAGAGCAGUGAAGUGUAGGAAUGAAUGAAUGUGUAAAGCCAAGAGGAAUAACAACAAACUGUCUAAAACUCCAGACUGUGUCUUUUUUUAAAAUCUAUUUCCAGGUGUUUUGUCCUUUUUCUUCUUCUCUGGGAGAAUAUUACUGCCAGGCGACACCUUCCGCACCGAAACCCUCAACUAUUACUGGAUGCCAAUUAUUGUGAGUAAAAAAGGAUAAUCAAUCAAUCAGUCAAUAAAGAUAUCUCUUUCUGAAUCCUGUUUUUUCUUGUUUCUUUCUACCUCAGACUGUUGUGUUCGGUAGCUACCUCGUAGCUCAUGGGUUCUUCAGCGUGUACAACAUGUGCGUGGACACACUCUUCCUCUGCUUCUGUGAGUACACGCUUCAAUUUUACUGUCUGUGGAUAUUUCAACUGUAUCAUUUUAAUUAUAAAACACACGGUUUCGUCGUUAUUGGAUUUGUCUCUCACUCUUUCCUCACAGUGGAAGACUUGGAACGAAACGAUGGAUCACAACAAAAACCUUACUAUAUGUCCAGAAACCUCAUGAAGAUCCUGAGCAAAUCAAACAAAACGCCAAAGAGAGGUCGAAACAAGGACUGAGGACGGUUUUUACCUCCAGAGGUCACGACAACACAACAAACGUGUCAUCGCUGUUCAGGAUAUUUAGUCAAAUUUGACACUUCAACACUUUGUUUACCAAAGCUAAAAGGCUGUUUUGCACUUUGUGAUUAUUUUGUAUGAUGUUUUUAACAUGCAGGAGUAGUAUUAAUGACUGUUCAUGGGAGAGGACUGGCAAUGUGAAAAUCGAAUGUAAUGUGAAGUUGGAAGGUAUCCUACUGAAGUUGUUUCUUUGAUUCCUACAAAAUCAUCUUUUAUAAAAACUCUUAUUUAAACUUGUGCGCUGGUUUUAGGAGCACAUAUUCACCAGCGAGAAAACAAUCCUGCUCCAGACGAUUGUCAUUCAUGUUUAGUUUUUUUCUACUCUUUCUGCUGAGAAUCUUUUAUAGAGCGGGGACCAUUAAGACGUGCUCUCCUCAGAUAGAGCACUAAUGUUGUUUGAAUAUAUAUUUCUAGAUUAUAUUUGUAAAAAAAACAUUUUUAUAUAAUAAAUUUUUAUGACUGAGGUUGCUGAUCAUACUGAAAAUAAUGCAAUAAUAUUGUAAAUAUGUCUGUUAGACUGUAUGUAGAUGGUACCAGACCUGCUCAUGUUCACUCAUACUUUUUAAAUCUUUGCACUGUAAACCUGUUCAUCAUGUCUCAUAAUUACAUAAAUAAUAUUUCAGAUUUGCUGGCUGUUAUACUUUGUAAACCACUGCUGCACUGCUGUUUAGAAGAAAUAUCACGGCACUAAUUCCUCUAAACAUCAUGUUGUUUCUGUGGUGCAAGACCUCCAUUAUGUCGGGAUUCCGACUCCACAGUCGGAUGUCAUGUGAAACCUCACAUGUUCAAGCUUUUCUGGUCACAUCUCUAACUAAGCAGCAUGAUGCAGAAACCGUGGGAACAUUUAGCGCACCAGCGUUUCAGCCAAGAUAAAAAUGCAAAUAAGGAUUUUAGGAUUGCUUUGACAUCCCUGUUUGUUUUUAAC